GUAUCCCUGAUUAGAUAGUGGAGCACGUUGGUAGCAGAUUUUUGCUUGCGUGUGUUUGAUUGGACAAAGAGAUACGACGACGACGACAUUUUGCAAAUAAUGGCCUCCUGUUUGAGUCAAGAAAAAUUCUGGGAUAAAACCCGUUUUGCCAACGCUGAACGUCAGUACUACGAACUGUUGAACAAGGGAUCAUGCACAUCCAAUGUAAGUCCACAAACCAAUAUCUUGGUUUCGGAAAUCGCCAAAGCCAGGGAACAAAUUAAAAUAUCUUUGGAAAAGAUGGGUGGCAUUUCCGAUGCUGGUUCGUGUCAAAUUCAAUCGGACAUUUUGAAUCGUUUGGCUCAAGUCGAAGAAGAGAAUGCUAAGUUGAAGAGUUUGGUUGCCAGCUUGAAUGACUUGUGCUUGGACUCACAGAAACGCAUUAAGGCUUUGGAGGCAUCAUUAUGCAACAAGUCGUCCGGCGCUGCACCAAGCAAGCCGGCUGCCGCCGCUGUCGAGGAAUCCAAAAAAUCCGACGACGACGAUGGUGUUGAUCUCUUUGCUUCCGACAGCGAAGAAGAGUCGGAAGAGGCAGCUCGCAUCCGUGAAGAACGUCUUGCAGCCUACGCCAAAAAGAAGGAGAAGAAACCUGCCCUUAUUGCCAAAUCCAGCUUGGUACUUGAUGUUAAGCCCUGGGACGAUGAAACCGAUCUCGGUCAAAUGGAAACCGAAAUUAGAAAGAUCACCACCGACGGUUUGUUGUGGGGAGCUUCUAAAUUGGUACCCGUUGCUUUUGGCAUCAAGAAAUUGAGUAUUAGCUGCGUUGUCGAGGACGAGAAAGUGUCCAUUGACUGGCUUACCGAGGAAAUCGAAAAACUCGAAGACUUUGUUCAGAGCGUCGAUAUUGCUGCUUUCAACAAAAUCUAAGCUCAACAACAAUAAUUUAAUUCAAACAAUUUUUUCUAUAUAUUUUUUUCGGUUUUUGAUAUUUAAGAGUUGAACACGCAAUAUGCGAAACGAAAGUUAAUAAAAUUACGAUAAUUCGAAUUUUUACAUUUAAAA